GGCUUGUACAACACUUCACCUCAUCACAACAAUCGAAAGUUUCAUUCGCUUGACUUUCAGAUCAACCUUUAUUUCACAAUGAAGAGCUUUUUGAUGGUCGCUGGCCUCGCUGGCCUGGCUCUCGCCAACCCAAUUGCAGGCGGUGGUGGCGGCUGGGGACAGUCGUCGGAAUGCGAGACCAAGUACGUGACCAAACUGAGUACAAGACUGCUACGGCCACCGUUAUUGUAUACAAGACUGAGACCGACACUGUUACCUACACUAGGCCAGCCGAGACCAAGACCAAGACCGCCACAGUGACCGACACAAUCACCGAAAAGCCAAUAACUAAGUACAAGACUGAGUACAAGACUAAAACCUACACUGCUCCUUGUACCAAGUCUACAGGCUGGGGCGGAAAGGGCGGCUGGUGAGAGAAGGACGGCAAGGGUUGGUCAACAUUCCUUGAUGUUGAAGUGAUGGAGAUAUUUUUAUGAUAUGAGUUGGAAUGCAUCCCCUCACGGCAGGAAGAACAUGAUCAGACGACAUCCCUUAUGACGCUCUCUCAAGUAGACCUAAUUUGAUUUCACGAAUGUAAAAAUUUAUUCAAAGACAAUUUUGAUAACG